AGGCACACGUCGUCUCCUAUCGUCGUCGUCUCCCAUCCGCGGCGAGGCACACGGCAGCAUCAGAUUCCAUGCCCGCCAUUGCCGAUCUAUCCAUCAUCCUCCGUCUUCUGCUACCUUACAAAUGAGAUUUGCUUCCGCUAUAAAUCCCACCGCCGUCGCCGUGUAAUCAACCAACCAAACACAUUGCCAUCAUCCAUCGCCCGCCGGUGUGUUAAGCUUGCUCGAUCGGAUCCACCAUCCAGUUUGUUCAAAAGGAGUCCAUGGCGGACGGCGACCAGAACCAGCAGCAGCCGCCCAGGUAUUGGUUCCCCUACUGGACCGGGGCGCCCCCGGUGCGCCCGCAGGUGUCGCGCCGCCUGUCCCCGUCCUCGCCGCGCCGCCCGUCGCCGUCACCCUCCCGCCAACCCACUGCGCCGCCCACCAGAGGCGCCGCUCCUCCGUCUCCGUCUCCGACUCCUCCUCGUGCGGCCCAGAGCCAGGCGUCCCCGUCGCGGGCCUCGCCGCUCGCGCCCAUCCGAGAGCCGCCGCCCAACACCAACUCCAACGCUGAUGCUACUACCGCCACGCCGACCAAGCUGCCACCUAAGCCGAUCGCGGCGCCCAAGCCCAAGGACGUCGACGUCGUCCCGCAGCCGGACAAAACCGCCGUGCACCCGCCUGCUGCCGCUGCCGCUGAGACCAAGCACGGCAAGGCCGUCCAACACCACCACAAGGAGGCCGACAGGGACGAGCACAAGAGCAAGGACAAGAAGCACCACGCCGGCGAGGACGGCAAACACAAGGAGAAGGAGAAACACAAGCACCACCAUGCCGACGCCGGCCAGGACAGCAAGCAAGGCAAGGAGAAAGACAAGGAGAAGGAGAAGGACAACCAUGCCCAUUCCGGCGAGGACGGCAAGCACAAGGAGAAGGAGAAGGAGUCCAAGGCGGAGCACGGGAAGCUGCACGGGCAGAUCAAGGCUGGCGUCGCCAACGUGGUGCACAGGGCCACCGGCUCAUCCGGCUCCGGCCACGGCCACCAGGCGGCGAGCGCGAUCACGCUGGCGGGGGAGAACAAGGGCGCGUCCAUGAAGGUGGGCGGCGGCAAGAGCAAGGACGCCUCGUGGAAGGAGCAUCACGGCGGCCACCGGCUGGACGGCGGCGCCGUGGACGGCGAAAAGAAGAAGCAGGGGAUGAUGACGGCGCUGAUCAACAGCAACGUGCAGGUGAUCAACAACUCGCUGAUGCUGCACAGCUCAUGCAGCGGCGGCAACCCCGGCGUGCACCUCAAGCUCUCCGCCAAGUCCACCACCAAGGACAAGCAGGCUGCCGCUGCAAAGAAAUGA